GCCUCUCGCCAUGUCUCUUUCUUCUCUUUCAGGUGUGCGCUCGCGCGUCACUGGGCUCAUCUCGAGCGUCGCUGGCCCCUCGCGCCUGUUCUCGGCCUCUGCCGUCGCCUCGGCGUCGAGCGCAAAGGAGAAUGCGCGCCGCAAAAAGGCCAAGAUGCUGGCCAAGCGUGCCGCGCACGAUGCCCAGUGGGCCGCCGAGGCGUCGGACCACGCCCUCGGCUCGCCGCACUCGGGCGACCCGUCGGCGCUGUACAACGGCUCGCGGCUGCAGCGCACCGUGCUGACGGCCGAGAGCGUGUGGUAUGCCCCGCUGCCAAACUACGCUGCGGGCGAGGAGCCGGCGCACUACCUGCCCGGCCUGAGCGCCGCCGACAAGGAGCUGCUCUUCGGCGCCGUGCCGGCUGCCACUACCGCGCUCGCGUUCGACCCCGAAAGGCCCGCCGCCAGCGCAGCCGUCGCGGCCGACCAGGAGCAGCAGACCGAGACGAUGCGCCGCAUCCUCGACCUGCGCAACUCGGACAAGGAGGGCAUCCACGUCGUCAACCGCCAGCGCAUCGCCGAGGAGUUUGGACGGAAAACCGAGUCGGGCGGCCUCGACACCGGCUCGUCAGAGGUCCAGGCAGCGCUCCUCACCUACAAGAUCCGUAACCUCUACGAGCACCUCCACACGGGCCUCAACUCGCGCGACACGGCCAACCGCCGCAACCUCCGCCUGCUCGUCCACAAGCGCGCCCGCGUCCUCAAGUACUUCAAGCGCCAGGACGAGGUUGCGUACGACGAGCUGCUCAAGGACCUCGGCCUCACACGGCGCGCGGUCGAGGGCGAGAUCAAGAUGGGCAUGUAGAAGACGAAGAAGUGAUGGGUCAGUACGAUACGAUCAAUACCAUGUACCGUGCUGUAUAGUUGCAUAUGUUGCAUUUGUUCAUUCCU